AUGGACUUCCUCAAAGCAGAGAUCGCCAACAAGCGCAAGGCCGCCGAGCUCGCCUCUGCUUCGUCGGUGGCCAGCACAUCAGCUUCUGGCUCGGCUGACGCACCACAACCACCCACCAAGUACAUGCGUAGAGGCGAUCUCGAAAAACUGCGCGAACAGCAACAACGAUCCGCAUCUCCCUCGUCUUCCUCUUCCUCUUCGCCAGCUAAGCGUCUCAAAUCGACUCCUCCUGUCACCACAGAUGCAGCAUCCUCACCUGAUCCUGCCCCUCAAGGCAUGAGCACAGCGACACGAGAUGCACUGGAAACGGCAGCGGGUGAGGUGGAGCGAGAAAAGUUCAACGUGUCCAACGACGAGGCGAUUCGUCGGCUGCGUGCAAAGGGCGAACCGAUCCGGCUGUUUGGAGAGUCGGACAAAGAGCGAAGGCUGCGAUUGAGAGCGCUCGAGCUGAUCGAAGAGAAAGGCGGUGGAGCAUUGGGUCAGAACGAUUUUCGCAAUGCGUUGCAGAGCGCCGAAAGUGCCACGGCGCUCGAGUUACUCGAGAAGCGCAACGCGGCUAGCAAGCGGAAAGCAGAACAAGCUCGAAUGGAGGCGCUGCAGAAGGAUGCCGCUACGGUGGCUGCGGUAGGCGAUGCCGACAAAGCGCGGCAGGGCGAUGCCAGCGGCGACACGGAGGCUCCAGCCGAAGGAUCAAAGACACCCUCACGCCAAGGCGUCGGCAUGGAUAGCCUGCUCGACCUCAACCUCAUCAAGACCGACAUCGACCGCGUCUACCCGAUCAUCUACUACACUCUCAAAGGUCUCCUGCAGGAAUGGGCCGACACGCUCGCCGCCCGCCCAGACGAAGUCAAACACACGAUGCAAGGCAAACUCGCCGCGGCCACCCAAGUGCAGUCCGCCGACUACCUCAAGCCGCUCUUCAAGAAAUUGCGCAAAAGAGCGCUGACGCCGGACGUGCUCAUGCGCAUCGCUGAGAUCGUCCACUACAUGCAGCGUCGCCAGUACCGCACUGCCAACGACUCGUAUCUCCAGCUGUCGAUCGGCAACGCGCCCUGGCCGAUCGGAGUCACGAUGGUCGGAAUCCACGAGAGGUCCGGGAGAGAGAAGAUCUUCAGCAGCAAUGUCGCGCAUGUGCUGAACGACGAGGUGUCGCGCAAGUACAUUCAGAGCUUGAAGAGGCUCAUGACGUUUGCGCAGACAAAGUAUCCGCCGGAGGAUAUCAGUAUGAUGAUGGGCUAA